AUGGGCAUUUACUUUGUAAAACAAAUAGAAUUUAUCUUAUUUUGCAAAAAUACAUUUACUAGGGAAAAGGAGUCUGGUAUUUCUGGGCCUUUUGGCAUCAAGCUGGGCAGGGGCACUAGUGACGAGGAGGGAAGCCGAGUGGGGGAGCAUCGCCCUUCUCUCUUCCAUCCCCCUUCUCAUUUGCCUGUCUCCCACAUCACUCCUCUGCGCCAGGUGCCAUGCAGGUCCUUGUGGGAGCAGGGUGGACCUGGGGCUCCUCAGCAGACAGGAAGUCUUCUGAAUUUUCAGGUAGGCAGUGGGAGAGUCCCUGAAGGUGUGGGUCUGGAGAAGAGCAGGACCAGAUCGUGGUUGUAG